AUGCCGAGGUCCCGCCGGUCCCGAGCCACGGCUCCCAAACGCUACCGCAGCCGCGAGGACCUAAACAGAGGUCCCCAUGUAGGAGACCUAGACACUCUCAAGACCCUCCUGCACGAAGACAGCUUCAAACACAGUGGAUCCUUUGCAGUGAAUGUGGAUAUGAAGGGACAGAGCGCUCUGUACAUGGCUGUGGUUAAUGGACACCUGGACUGCGUGAAGAUCCUUCUGAAAGCCGGUGCCGGUCCGAACAGCAGCAUUCAUACCCGAAGCACCCCAAUAUACCACGCUGAACAAUUGGGUCGAACGGACAUCCUACUAGAGCUGAUCAGGUUCAAUGCCAAUGUUGAUAUUGAUCACCGGUUGAAUCGGAGGUCUAUGUUCGGGAUGAGCACUUUGACCACUCGCUGUUUGCUGGAUGCAGUUCUGAAACUCGGAUGUGAACCAGCCUUCAUUAGCUUAUUGCUGGACCACUGCGCUGACCUGUAUCUUGUCCCCUGGGACGAGCACGAACCUGAAAUCAUCGUUUGCUUUCGAGUCAACGCUGAAGCCCUUCGUAUCUACCAGGAAGCCAAAACCCCGAGCAGAUUGAUGAACCUGUGCCGCAUUGCUAUCCGGGAGAUCAUGGGCAAGAAGCGUCUAUCGCGUAUCUCUUCCCUUCCACUGCCUGAAACCCUCAUAAAAUUAAUGUUUCACAAGAAUUGACCAUGUAGACGCUCGAUUAACUGCAAGUGACCUCUCGCUCUCCAGCACUGCUUACAUGGAAACCUGUGACUUCCACAAGACCGGCAGGUGUGAUGGUAAAGUAAUGGCUUGAAUGCAUAAGCAUAUUAGCAAAAAUGUUUAAUAUAUGCACUGCUGCUGCUGCCAGUUUAACAUAAUCUUCUUUGCACCUGCAACACACUGCCUUUUGUGGCUUAUUGCUUCAACGGAGGACUAUAUUGAUGGGAGAAAGUCAUAUUGAGAUUAAUCUUAUUAACUGUACCACCAGUUAUCGCACUUCAGUAAUGACUAGUGAAAAUUUGUAGAAUUAUGAUAUUGGUGAGAUGAUCUCUUAUGAACUGCUUCUACUUAUAUUGCCUGAAAGUUGCCUUAUAUGUUAUUUGUAUUUUUUGCAAUGUGAAGUACUACUGAAGUAACUUCUACAUUCCUUGAAUAUUUCAGUUUGAUUAUAGCUUGUUUGAAUAUAACUUGUUUGAUUAUUUUGCUACAAAUGUUUUCCAGAUAAAUAUUUUUUACGUUAUCAGAUUCUGAAAAGAGAUUUAAAAAGAUUAAAAAAUUUAAAAAGAGCAGAACGGGAAAAUAGAAUUAUUUUGAAA